GUGAACUCUCGACACCAUCGUGAAACCAACGCUAGUUCUUCGAUUUGCAAAGUCGCUUUGGAGGAACAUGUUGGCUUCAAAAGUAUUUGGAACUUCUCCAAUGGAGAACCACCAGUGGAGUGGUGGCAAAACAAAGAAGCUUUGGAGGACCUUGAGGAUGGACAUAUUGAUGAGACCAGGGUGAAGAUUGCGAAAAAAUAUGGUGUUGACUUCAUGAUUCUUUCCAUCACAGGUAGCACCCAGGAUAUGAAGGACACCUUCAACGGCGUUUCGGUGGCUCAAUUCUUUCAAUGGAAUCGCAACUUUCUGACCAAAGUGCGCAAAGCCAACGCUGAAGGAAGCCACACCUGGCAGGCAUCAAUCUUGCAGUUUAAAGAGUGCUUGCAAUAUGGAGCGGUCGGUGCUUUGAUUAAUGGCUACGACACCUCCAACACUGGUGGAGAUUUCAACUACUACAUUACCAAGGAAUAUUAUGAGUUCUGGGACUUUGUGGAGAAAUCUGGCAAACCCAUCUACUUACAUCCUCGUGAGGCUGAGCCAAGUCGAUUCUUUAAGCAGUUUCCAGAGAUGCGUGUCUCACCAUGGGGCUUUCAUGUGGAAACCGCUGAGCAUGCUCUGCGCUUCAUUCUCUCCGGCUUCUUUGACCGGUUUCCGAAGGUCAAGUUGAUUUUAGGUCAUGAUGGUGAGAUUUUGAUAUGGAUGGCAUGGCGUAUAGACCACCGCUUAAAGAAGCAGGGCUGGACGCCAGAGUCGCUCUCAUGCCAUACCGGACCAAACAUGGAAUUGUCUCCUUGUCCGGAGAAUGGCUUGUACAAGCGCAAGCACAAUGUCACUUAUUAUUUGAAGAAUAACUUUCACAUCACCACCAGUGGCAUGUUUGACACGCCUGGCUUCCGACACGCCCUAUCUGUGAUGGGGCCUGAGCGGGUCAUGUUUUCCAUCGAUACUGCCUAUGAAGACAUCUCAGAUGGAGCGGGCUGGUUCAACAGUUUGUCUGAAACUGUGGCGUUGCCGCAGAAAGACUGGGAGAGUAUUGCCUUUCGCAAUGCAGCAAAACUUUUUGACUUAUCUGUACGUGGCAUGUGA